CGACGAGGCAACAGAGAACCAAGCCGAGUCCCCAAGUCUCAUACUGUGUUCGAGUGGUCAUCUAUCCUGUAUUGUACGGCAUCUGUCUGUAAUGAUAAUACAGGAUAUCUGUGGUGAAGUGUAUUAUUAUUUUUCGGUGGUAAAAACGAUAAUCGCAACUUGAUCGACCGAGCGAAGAAAGAUACAGGUCACGUAUCCUGUGACCAUAUAUUUAUUCCGAUUGCAACGUGUGUGUCUGAAGACUCGAGGAAAGCUUUUGGAAUACCUGAAAAAUAUUCAUAAAGGCCUCGAUCGGUGUGAUUAACAGUUAUUGAUGUACAAAAAAUCAGUGAGUGACCAAGAGAAUUUUCGAAAAUUUGAAAACCGAUGUGCGAGGAACUUAACAGUGAUCAGUUUUGCUAGUGUCAAAGUUCGUUUUUUAAACUCAUACACUGGCACAUUGAUGCACUCGAUCUAUUCAACAGAAGUUCAGAUCUGUUGCACCAGUUGCUUCUGUGAAACCUGUCCUAUUAACCCUCCGUGUGAACAAUUGUUACUUCAGAGCUUUUGUCUCUACAGUUUUUCGAAGAGUUCGAGGCUUUCAAGAAAUCGGAAAUAAUUCAGGGCUUCUUCUCAAAGUGUUAACUACGUUAUCCAAAAGUUGGCGGACUCAAAACUUUGGAAUUAUUGUUCGUGACAAUUGAUCUUCAGAGAACGACUGCUUCCUAAAAGACCUAGUGUUCACACGGAGGGUUCAUCAGGUUAACGGUACAUUGGAUUUUGUGCCUGAUCCGCAGCUGAAUUCUAAAAGAAUCUCUUCGUAUUGUCGAUAUUGUUGAUUCGAGGAUGGUGUUGGUGGUGAACGGGGUCCUACAGGAGGAGGCUCCGACGAACAGCAGGUCCUUGUACGCUGCUCAUCCGAUCUACAGGGAAACUGCUGCCCAGUUACAGGCUAUACCGCCUAAAUUGAUGGGUCCCGACGGCCUGCUCUACGUUCUUCAGAGAGAAAUGGCUGCCACGUUGCCGCACGACAAAAACGUGAGUAUCCUCGGAUCCGAUGAUGUGACCUCCUGCAUAAUCGUCGUAUUAAAACAUUCUGGAUCAGGCGCUGUGGCAUUGGCACAUCUCGAUGGAACUGGAACGGAGGAUGCAGCUGCUGCGAUGAUCCAAAAAGUGACUGAAUUGGCGAUAGGCUUUCUGGAGGGACGCUUGGAGCUUCAGCUUGUUGGCGGAUAUUCAGAUCCCAGGAAUUGCUCCGAGGAUAUUUUUUAUAACAUUCUCUGCGCCUUUCACAAGCAACCAGUCGAAGUUGACCUUACGCUUUGCUGCAUCGGCGAAGUCAACACCACAGUUAGAGGCGGUAUUCACUGGCCGGUUAUUUAUGGCAUUGGCGUUGAUGUGAAAACUGGUGAAAUAUUUCCUGCCAAUUUUCCUGACAAGGGACCCGACCAGGCUCUCAGAAACGCGAGACAGCUUACCGGAGGACAACAGGUGUUGGACAUUUACGACUGUACUCUGGGUCUCCUGAGGAUUGGCCCAUUCAAUUACGACCCACUCAGAGGAGUUGACCUCUGGCUGGCCCAAACGGAUCAAUUCAUCCUACAGCAUUUAUCUAGUACACCUGAAGUUGAGCCGCCUCAUUUUGUUUCUGCGGUACGUACAACUCUAAAGUACAUACAGGACAAUCAGUUUCCAGCCGUAACGGUGUUCAGAGAUAAUAGGCCGCGUUACUACCGUCGUGAUGAGGUCCACGGUGGCUGGCAACCGAUGAGAUAUUGAAGAACUUUAUCCCUCCACCGAUCGAUACUAAUGUGUCUCAUCAACGCUGUAACCAACUUUACGUCCGGUACCCGGUGCCCUGCUCUUAGAGAGUUGAACUAAGAAAAGAAGCGUUAAAAAAAUAUUACAGUUGGAGAAUUUUAUCAAUCCAAUAAAGAGCUGAUCGAUGACGUACCACCUUAACCGAAACGGUUCAGUAAACUAAGAUAAAAGCAGAGUAGAAGGAACGGGUCGAUUUAUUAAUGUUCAUCUCGUAAAUAUGCCUCCUACGUAUGACUAGUGAACGAUAUAAUGUUUAGGUAGAUAUUAUGUAAGGUCAUUACCGAUACAGUACAAAGACCGUAAAACGUAAAACGUAAAAACAAGAAAAUGCCUGAAAGACGUAGCCGACAUUUCUAAGACCAUCGUACGAGUGAUUUUUUGGGCAAUUUUUCCAGUCUUCGUGCUGAAUUGGUUAUUAAUAAAUUACCUUUAAUUUCAAAACGGCGCAUAAACAAUUUUUUUUUUUACGUUAUAUUUUAUAUUUCAAAGUUACUGUACUAUUACACAUUAUAAUACUGUGAUGUUGAUCCAGAGUGUGUUAUUGGUCAAUACGUGAUUGUUAAGAGUUUUUUAUGCAUAUGUGUAUGUACCUAUGGGCGGUGAGAAAAAAAGUUUAUUUCUAUUGGAGGUCACGUAAGUUGUUGAUUCGUGAUGUAUAUUGUUUUUCUGUUCCUUUAUUCUAUUUUUUCUAUUUCUUAAUUAAAAAUUGUUAAAUAAUUUAAAAAUCGUAAUUAUAAUAAUGAUAUUGAUAAUACCUUGGGGCCAUAACGCAUUAUGCCAUGCCAUGUAAAACUAAAAGAAACAAAAGCAAAAAAAAAAAAAAAAGGAACCGCUGUAAAUAAUUAAUUAAUCGAUUAAUAUUAAUAUAUUAUCGUGCGAAUAAUGCUUAACUUUUUUAAAUAAGUUUAACGUAAAAACCGUAAUGGGAAAUCAUAAAUUGAGAAUGGUAUUUCAGACAAAGCGCCCGUCCAAAAUUUUUAGUUUAACAUACAUAAAUUUCUCUCAGUCUCGAGUUUUUUUUCCAAUUAUUGGUUCAAUAAAAAUGAAAAAAAAAAUAGAAAUAUCAAAUUGGAAAAGGAAUAUAAACACUUUCGUGUUCUGAACUUUGAAAGUUGACAGACAAAUUUGUAAAUUAAUUUCAACAUGGCAAUGCUUCAUUGCUUCUUGACCGAUCACGAUUCAGCCUUAAAGCAGAUUUUUCUUGAAUUACGAGAAUACGAAGGUCACGAUAUUUAGAGUGGAAUUGGCGAAAAUCGACAUACUUAAUGAAAUUGAGGAAAAGAAUGAUACUAAUUUUAAUUCAGCACAAACGUAAAAAUAUAAAUUUGACUGAAAAUGUUCGUAGGUGGUGUUUGAUGGUGGUGAGUAAUCAAUAUAGUUCAGAACACAAAUUACAUUCAAAAAUGAGUUUACAUAUAAUUCUGUAAUCGCAGUUUUUCAAUAAUUUUCCCACUUCUGAAUGACUUUCUCUUUAAUCUAUACACAAGAAAAAAGAUGCUACAUGCCGAACAGAUACUCUGUAUUCUAAAAGUCGUGUUUGACGUGAAGAAUAUCAUAUAAUAAAGAUUUGCCGAUUGUGACUUGAAGAGAACACAUUUAAUUAAUAUUAGACGUCAUUAAUCGUACGAGUAGACGACUGACAAGUGGGUGAAUUUUAGUAAUUUAAAUCUCCACAACCAAUUCUUCAAUUCGAUUGGGGUAUACGUUUUAUUCGAAAGUACACAGAUCGAGCUUCAAUUGCAUACAUUUUUUUAAUUCUAAUUAGGUGUUAAAGAUCAUUAUUAUUAACAAUAAUGUCAAAUAUUUCGUUUCUGACAUAUUUUUUGGCAUUUUUGCUCAAUUGACUUACUUUGAAUUUGGAUACUGAGUUUUUUAAUGAUCCAGUCUUUUUGCCACGACGUGAAGUUUCUUCUACAACUACGAUAAAUUUUGGUAGAUAAUUUUCUAAAAAAGUUCCAAACUAUGGA